CUCCGUCGUCUUUCGUCGAGCUCCUGCCUCUGCCCUCCUGCUCCAGCUGGUCUGCCACGGGAAACCGCUCACGGCCGCCAGUAUCUUGCAACAUGUCAACCCAACGAGAUGGCCGCAGCGCCACAGAACACCCUGUCCUCAUCAGGGUCGAUAACCCACACGACGGAUCCGAGCUGCCCCGCCAGCACUCUGUCCGACAAACCGGUUCAACACACCACCGCCAUCUCUUUGCCAACUACGACAGUAUCGACUUUGAAGAGCCCGAUGGCCGUCUCCUCCGACAGCACUACCGAGAGCAAGACCAGCGCAAAUGGAGUGUUUUUGUCCAGAAUAUCAUGUCCUAUCUUCUGGCCCUGAUCAUCUCGGUCAUCGUGGCCCUCGUUUUCGUCCUCCUCGCCUUUGCCACCGACAAGAUCGGCGAGUGGAGAAUCGAACUCUUUGCCAAGUACUUUGAAGAGAGCCAGCUCGGCGCCGCCAUCGGUGUUGCCCUGGCGACCUGCAUCGCCUUUGCUGUGGUCCCGUCGCUGUUUAUUCUUGUAUUCACGCCCGAUGCGAUUGGCUCCGGCAUGACCCAAGUCAUUGCCUUCCUCAACGGCGCAGCGGUUCUGUCGGGCGUCACCUGGCAGACCGUUAUCGGCAAGUGCAUCGGCGUCGUCGGUCUCGUGUCCUCGGGCCUCUACUCGGGUAUCGACGGCCCCAUGGCCAAGAUCGGCUCUUCGAUCGCCAUUCUGGGCACUGAGGCUAUUCACAACAUCUCGUUCGUCCGUCGCCUGUUCUAUGGCGAAGGUCCGACCUUGGCCAAGAUGGACACGGACGACACAUCCGAGUCGAUCGGCGCAACCAGCCUGUUCAACGUCCUUGAGCACAAGAAUCUCCGUCUGUUUGCCACCCUCGGCGCUGCCGCCUCCAUCGCAGCGAUCUUCCGUGCCCCGGUCGGCGGCGCUGUCUUUGCCCUCGAAGAAGCCACCAGCUUCUGGGAUCCCAAUCUCAUGACCCGCACCAUCUUCAGCACCACCAUCGCCUACAUUGUUGUCUGUGUCGCCAACCGAUUUACCGGCGUCGAUGGCACCUUGCUGGACCGCAUCUUUACUGGUGCCGCAACGCUCUUCCCCACCAACAUCUCGUGCUUCCAGCACUUUAGUGCAUACCAUGUCGCUUCCUUUAUCGUCAUUGCCAUCUUUGCGGCCCUCGUCGGCCAGCUUCAUAACAUGGCGCUGUCGGCCGCCCAAAGGACGCGCAAGCGUCUGCUGAUCGACCGUGACUCAAAGGGGGCUAUCUGGCCCAAGGUCUGGCGCAUCCUCGAGGUCAUCGUCAUCUGUAUCAUCACCACGGCCGUCACGCUCAUGCCCAUGGCCGAGAACUCGGUCGAUGUGUGCUCCCCGCUCUACAACACCGUCAAGCAUGCCCUGCAAGCUGCUCCAGACUGCGCCCAGUUUGCCUCUGGCAGCGACCUUUGUGCCGGAACUACCUUUAACCAGUGCUACCAGGAGCUGGACUAUGUCUGCCUGCCCUAUACCCUGAGCAACGCUUUCACUGAGAAUGUACUGCUCUCCUACCAGAGACUCAAGGAUGCCAGCUGCCCGAGCUCGCUCCAGACCUUUGUCCUUGCUGCCUCCAACUCCUCGACCGUCAACGGCACCACACCAGCACCCAUGGGUCCCGAUAACUCCACGUACCUUGGCGGCCAGCAGUACCUCACCACCGCCAUCGCGGGGCCUUAUCUCAGCGUCUUCACCAGCCUCGGCCUCAAGUUCAACCAAAACGAAGGCGGUCAUGGCGACUCGACCCACGGUGCCCUCGUCGCCCGAAGCGAGUCAUCUCAGCCCUCGACCAAUGCUGCUCAAAGCUCGGAUCUGUGCUACUGGGAGCUGCGAUCGCUCUUGUGGUCGACACCAGAGAAGCAGCUCAAGCUCCUGCUUCUUCGUGGACUCAACGGUGUCUGGCAAAUCAAGACCCUGAUCAUCUUUGCUGUGAUCUAUUGGAUCCUCAGCACCUUGACCUACUACAUUGCUCUGCCUACCGAUGUCGUCGUGCCCAACCUGAUCAUCGGUGCCGCCUUUGGCAGAAUCGUUGGUGUACUGAUUGAUAUCAUCGGCUCCAAGAUUGGCUUGUACGUCCAGGACCCCGGCUACUAUGCCCUUGUCGCCAUGGCCUCGUUCUGGGCCUCGACCUCUCGACUGGUGCUCACGGUCACGGUUGUCGCCUUUGAGCUCACGGGCGACUACACCGCCCUGCCUGUCCUGAUCAUCGUCACCUUCAUCGGCGCCUGGGUCUCGUCGGCCAUGUCGCCCGAGUCCAUCUACCACAAGGAAAUGGAGAACAACGAGGUCCCCUACCUGAGCCACGAGCCCUACAGUGAGCUCAAGUACGUCGUGACCUCCCAGAUCAUGAACAGAAACGUCACUUGCAUCGAGGCGAACAUGAAGCUCUCCAGUCUGGAAAAGUACGCCAACCAGAACCAUCACAGCGGGUUCCCUGUGGUCGAGUACUACAACAUUGACCAUGACGGCGAUGGAAAGGUUGAUGACCACUUCAAGCCCAAGCCCAUCGGUUAUGUGCGCCGAGAUCGUCUCCAGGCGGCUGUGGAAGGCUAUAACGAUGAGGAUAGUGACCCGGAUCGUAUUGUAUCGAUCGUCGACAUCAUGAACUCCUCGCCCUUCAUCGUCCGCGACAACUCGACCGCCUCCAAGGUCUUCAGCAUCUUCCGACAGAUGGGGCUUCGCCAGAUGCUCGUCGUGGACCGCGACGGAUUCAUGGUCGGCAUGAUUUCGCGCACGGACUUGCUGAAGCCCAAGAUUGAAAAGGAAGAGCGUGAGGAGCGUGAGGAGCGUGAGAAGCGAGAGAAGCGGGAGGACGAGCGCACAGCUACCCCGCCCGCUGUGGAAGCCGACGUCACGAAGCACUGAAUCUCAGUUGCCAUGAUAAUGCGAACGAUGUGGUUGCCAAUGCUGCUGGCGUGGAGCAGCUCGCUGAUCUAGAGUGCGGACAACAUACAGCCAAGCUGAAGAAGUCGGUAUGUGCGAGCAAUUGCUACCUUUUUCUAUGCCUUGAAUACACGGCUCCUAUAAAGAACACGAAUGUCACAUCACCGG